ACAAACGAGUCCUCCCGGCCGACACUUCGUCCCUAUCUGCAGGCAGACGCCACAGGAGGAACCACGCGGUCCCGGCGGGCAGGGGCAAGCGAGGCCGGGCGCUACCAAUGUCGCGGAGGGGAGGCCUCUCCCCGGCACUGCGGCAAUGGUACCGCCCAGCUUCCCAGAGGGCAGUGUUCUAGCAGUACAGCUCUUGGGAAGACUGCAGACAAUGCAGAAGUUGCACAAGAAGAAAUAGUGCUCCCCCGAAGGAAAACCUGGGACAAACUGGCAGUUCUUCAAACGUUGGCUUCUACUGUGAAAAGGGAUCCUACUGCUGCUCAUUAUAUGUUCCCAGAUGACCCUUACUUUAUGCCAAAAAAUGCAGCCCAUUUUCGGCUGUUUGCAUUGUCGAAGGAGUCUGGGAAAAAUGCUGCAAAAUUCAUUGUGAAGCAGUUUCCUCAGUAUUUUGACAAGAUUACUGUACAUCCCGACGUAACAUGCUUUAUGCCUGAGAUUCUGACGCCUCAGAUUGAAGGAGUGAGUGAGGAAGCUCUAAAAGAGCGUAUCCACCUCAGAAGGGUGAAGGAAUCUGUGGACCUGUUUGAUCAACUUGUACAAGCAGGUACUUCUGUAUCUCUGGAGACCACAAACAGCCUUUUAGAUUUGUUAUGCUUCUAUGGAGAUGGGGAAUCUACACAGGAAAAAGAGGGAGAAACAAAAAAGGAAGAAGUAAAAGAGGAUUUGGAAGAACCAGCGGUGAAUGCUUCAGAACAGAAGGCUCCAAAGAGACAAUUCCAAAGAGGUUUACAGUCAUCUGGCCCUAGAUGGAGGGAGAACAACAAUGCUGAAAGGAUAUUCAAGAUAAUGCCAGAGAGGAAUGCACACUCCUAUUGCGCAAUGAUCCGUGGGAUGGUGAAGCAUGGGGCCUUUGUUAAAGCUUAUGACAUGUACAUAGACUUGCUGAAUGAAAGACACAAGGCUGAUGUGCACACCUUCAACGCACUGAUUUCAGCAGUCCCACAUCUGAAGGACAGGUUCUUGGAAAGAUGGGAGUUAGCCAAGGACUUCCUGAAUCACAUGGCUCAACAGGAAGUGCAACCAAAUCUGCUAACUUUUAAUGCUGUACUGAAGACCCUGAGAAGAUGUGGUGGUGUAGGCAGAAGUAUGUCGUUAUUGGUAAUAAAGGAAAUGGAAGCACUUGAUAUAGAGCCUAGCCUUGCGACCUAUGAGCAUCUUCUCUUCAUGUUUUAUAGAGGCGUUGAACUUCACCCAUCAGGUAUCAUCUCUGAGGUGCUAGAUGAUGUUGAAAACAGGAGCUUCACUGCCGAGGACCCUGAUGAUGCCAACUUUUUUAUCACUGCAAUGCAAGCGUGCUGUGAUCUUAAGGACAUCAAGCUUGCCUACCGGUUAAAUAAGGCCAUGGAGAAGGGAGACAACUGGAAAUUCUUGAGUAUGGAUCACUUAAAUACCUACUGGUCAAAAUUCUUCUCCUUGUUGUGCAUGAUGGAACAAAUUGAUGUCGUAUUGAAGUGGUACAAAGAAAUGUCCUGUUCACUCUUCUAUCCAAGUCCUAAAAACAUAUUGGAACUCCUUCAAGCCCUGGAUGCAGCCAACUACUUGGAAAGGAUCCCUUCAGUCUGGGAAGAUGUAAAACAGAUGGGGUUUAAUAGGAGACCAGAACUGUUGGAAGAGCUCUUGUCUUUGAUGAGCAGGGAGCAGCACCCUGAUGAGAUCCAGCAGGCGUUUGCCAAGUGUGCUGAAGACAUCAAAGCUGUGCACGAGCAGAGCGGGAGGGAGCGGGUCCAGUUACAGUGGACAGGCAGCAUGCUGGGCUGCAUUGCUCUCCUGUUUGCCAGGGCUGGCAGGACCCAAGAUGCUUGGAACAUGAUGGAGCGUUUCCAGCAGAUCAAUAGGAUUCCCACUAAUCAGGUGUUGGAUGGGUUCUGGAACUGUGCUAAACAAACCAAUAACGCAGAUGAGGCGAUUAAACUGGUAAAGCUGGUAGCAUCCCUGGGCCAUCCUGCAUCUCAAAAGCUUAAAAGCAAAACGGAGAAGGAGUUUGAGCUCUCUGAAAAGCAGAAGAAGACAUUGGAGAGCAUCCAGCCAGACAGCGACAGUGACAGCGACAGCGAUAGUGACAGUGACCGUGAGUAGCUGUCCUUGCCUUCCUCACUGGAAAACUGGGAGCAGCCGCUGCCUGGAUGCCAGGAGUCUUCUGUGAGAACUGAAAUGACUGAGGGGAAGUGUUUGGGAGGUGCUGCAGCACUGCUGAGCACUUUAGAGCUCUCCCGUACAGGAC